AUGUUAUCUAAAUGUUGUUUUUGUAUUGGUCUUAGAACGGCCACAUUUAUAUUGGCUACUCUUGGAGUUUUGUCGUAUAUGUCAAACGCUUACCGAUUUUCAUUGUUAGCGGAACACUUUGGUUUCUUUUAUAGUAUCUUAUCCACAUACUACGUUGGAGCUACAAUUGCUUGUCUUGCUGGCCUUUAUGGCGUAAUAAAGAACAAGAUCAAUUAUGUGAAAGUUUAUUCCAUUUUCUAUUGGUGGCAGCUUAUGUUGGGCUUCUCUGUGUCCAUCGUCUUUUCCAUUGUAGCCUUUUACCUUGAUAAAGAUGUUUGUGAAAAAUUAAUUGAACAGCCUGAUUUUGAAAUGGAUAUGGAUCAAUGUAUGGAUUGGUAUCUAAAGGCUGCUGCGACCAUGGUUGUAUUUCUCGGGGUGUCGUGUCUUAUUGACCUUCAUUUCUGUUUGGCUGUGUGGGCUUAUUACCAGAGACUCAAGGUUGAAAACCAAUAUGAUAACAUUCCAGAUAAUGGUUAUAUUGUCUAUUAUACACCGGUUCCUGCCUACACGGUUGUUCCACCACCAAGCUAUGAGACUGUUCCUCAAGAAGACCUCAAAAAUACUGCAACAAAUUCUACUAGUGUUCCCGAUGAAACCAAAAAAUAG